AUGGAGAACGACAGCCCGCCGAACAACCCCCCGCCCCAGCAGGAGGAGCAGAUCCUGCCUAACAUCCGGUUCCCUCCCGGCCAGCAGCCCACCCCCGAGCAGAUCCAGCAGGUCCAGCGCAAGAUCGCAGAGGACGCCCGCAAGGCCGGGAUGACCAUCCCCGAGUUCCUCGAGCACCUCAAGAAGCAGGCGAUCCAGAUGCGCAUGGCCCAGCAGCAGCAGGCGCAGCAGGCGGGCCACCCCGGUGCCGGCCCGCCGGGACACACCCACCCCCAUCCCGAGCAGCAGCAGUCCCAAGGCGUUCGACAGCCCGUUACUCCCGGGCCGCCGAAGCCCGAGGCUCUGGCCGUCGCCAAGUUCCUCCGCAGCCAGAACCUGAAGCCCCGGACUUGCAUUCUUAAUGGUGAACGCAAGGACAUGUUCAAAGUCAAGCGUGCUCUGCGAGCCCUCGAGUCCCCCGCCUAUGAGAAGGCCCGCAAGAAGAACCCGCUCCUGCCCGCCAUCACGGACCGGGCGUCCCUCGAGAACACGUUCAAGCUCCUGCCCCUCAGCAUGCUCGCCCUCCGGGUCAGCAAGGUCGAGCAGGACCCUGCCAGCGGCGGCAAGAAGGCGAAGCGGGUCAAGGGACAGUGGACCGUCAAGAUCGAGCAGCACCAGGAGGCCAAGGAGGAGCUCUACUACGCCUGGCUCUGGGAGGGCAGCCAGUUCCAGCGUCAGCUGUACGCUGCCCUGGCCCUGGUCCUGAUCUUCACCGUCGUCCUGUACCCCCUCUGGCCCCUCGUCCUCCGACAGGGCGUCUACUACCUGAGCUGGGGCCUCCUGGGUCUGCUCGGCUUGUUCUUCCUGAUGGCCAUCUUCCGUGUUAUCCUCUUUUGCGCCACCUACUUCAUUGUCCCUCCUGGUCUCUGGCUGUACCCCAACCUCUGGGAGGAUGUGUCAUUCAUGGACAGCUUCAGGCCCGUCUGGGCAUGGCACGAGACUGAGAAGCCCAAGAAGAAGAAGAAGGCCAAGGCCGUCAAGGGAAGCACGAACGCCUCCGUUGCCGCCGCCACAGGCCAGGUCUCGCCAGCUACCGCACAGACAACUGGCACCGAUACGCAGGUAAACACCGAGGGUGUCCACCAGCGACAGUAUGUAGCACCCAAGGUCGAGGAGCUUGGCGAUGACGAGUAA